CACGCACAUGAAUUACCUCGAGCUUUACGUCGAGUGGACAACCGUUCGAUGUUUGAGGUUGUCCACUCGACAUCAGACCACUCAUGCUAAGUACGGAUGAAACCAACAUGAAACCGCCAUACCAUCCAGUUGUGCCCUUUGAGACGAAACGACCGAAGUCUGCAUCCCGCGAAAAAGCACCCACAUAUACGGCUUGUAACGCAGGUUCUGGCGUCCCUAAUGCCAGAGAGACUGAAAACAUGCCACCACCACGGGUCUCACCUGAGAGUAACACUUGGAUUCCGACCCUAAAGCCUGCCCAACCCAGUCGCAGUUGGUCGCAGACGUUGGAGCUGUUGGCGGGUGCAGUGUACGUGGCCAUAUCGGUAUUCUGCAGCGCAUGGUACUGCACCCACAGUGCACCGUAUUUGACCAACGACAUGUGGUGGCCUCGCUUCAACACCACGGGGACCCAAACGUUCCUCGCCGACGUCUUGAACGCCAAGCUGGCCACCACGGCAUCCGUGCCGUCCCUCGAUCUAUGUGCCGCCAACAGCGCCGUGUACGGUCGGUAUGACUUGGACACGACUUCCGUGGCUCAAAGCCCCGUCUAUCCUCGACAUUACAUGCUCGGCGCGCAUUCAGAUUUCGAGGACGCCAUCAGCGGGAUGCACAUGACUACGGUCGCGUUUAACUUGCGCAUGUUCACGCAGUACUGCUGGCUGGACUUUGACAAGAAAUACCCCAUUGCACACACGGCGGCCCGCCAAGAUCGUUGUGUGCGCAGCGAGGGUGACAACGCCGCCGUACACAUGGAAGCUUUGCUGCGAAACGUCGUGUGGAAGGAUUUCGUGAGCGCGACGGGAGGGCCCACAUUGACGGGCAACUUUGAGCGCCCCCUUAGCCAAUACCCCGGCGGAACCGCCUGGAUGAACUCUGUCAAAGACGCGUUUGUGAACGUGCCGACCGAAGUGGCGUACUGGAAAAGCAAAGCAAUGAUGAGGUGGCAACUCCAGUGGCAAAAUGCGUGGCAACAAGGCAUCGACGAGAUGAUUACGGUCGUGUCGGCCCUCGGCAUGUCCCAAAGCUUAGCUAUCAAGCGCGUGCCGUACUUUCACCGCGGGUCGGGGCCGUGGACGUCUGUGGCCAUGUACUCUGGCUUGUGGAAUGAAAUCGGGCGCGCGGUGAUGGGCAACUUUUCCUUGAUUCGCGGGUCGGCUACGCAUUACUCGUUGAUGAACUUUACGUUUGAAAUGGCGAUUUCGAUCAACCCCACGUCCGUGCAAACGUUGCUAUGGCAUCAGGAAGUGGGCACGUACAACACGAUCGACAUGAAGUUUCAGUCGAUUCCGCCCUCCGUGGACGCACUCGCCACUGCAUUCCGACAAGCGCUUGUUCCGGCGCUCCAGACUACUCUGGGGGAUGCGUAUAAUGCGAUUCCGGAUGUGGUCGUAGACCCAGCCCCCCCAGGUUGGAUAAUCGGAACCAAUUUGACCUACUACGGUGGCAACCCGCUCUGUUUCACUGGCAGUGCGCAGCCAUUCAUUCAGCAAAACUUUGGCUUCGACGACGCGUGUCUUACCCAAGACAAGCUGACCAUGACCUUGACACGAUCGGCGAUUGUGUUUGCGUUAAUGGCAUCUGGCGUGUCGGAUGUUGCAGGCAUCUCUCGGAUUUGCUCGUUGUGUCAAACUACCUCGACGGCUUUGUGUCUCGCGUCCCUUGGACCAGGGUUGGAUGUGGCCGCCAACAUUCCAAUGUCAUUGCAAGCGUUGGUCGCGGCUGUGGCGGCGGACGUUCCCACCGUGAGCCUCAUGCAAUUUGCCGUCAACAGCACCACCCCCGUUCUGCUUCGCCAGCUCCUCUUGGACCCCACCGAUGCCGCGUGGUCUUUCUUUGGGUGGAUCCAGCUCUUUGACUGGGGGUUGAAUCGGCGCGAAGUUGUGUCCUUUGAAGGCGACGUCAGUGCUCUGCCCCUCAUGUCGCGCGCGUACACUUUGCAAUCGUUCCAGCCCAGUCCGGUGCAAGUGCAGCACAGCGCCAGUGACUACAUGAUUGUCUUGACAGCGUACGCGUCAGUGCACUUGGUCCUUGUCGCGCUGUUGCUUCUAGGGUACGGCGUCUUGACUCGCACACACGUGCGUGGUCGCAACUUAUUCCGGUUCAAUCGCGUCGUGGGGUCGGUGUGGGUCGGGCGCGUCAUCCUCAUGAUACGUGGCAUCACCGCGUGUAUACUGCUGUGCACCGCCCCCAUCGCAAUGGUCACUUCCAGUCGAGGGUGGACGUCGUUUGAGUAUUCCACCCGAGGAGUUGUCGAAAGCGUCCUCGUCACGGGCGAAGCGACGUGGAUUUUGUACGUCGUCCACGACUUUCUGGGCAUUGUGACCACCGAGUACGCGUAUUACUAUGCCCCGAUCAGCUCGGCUCUAGCGUGGGUGGUGAUGUUUGUCCUGGAGCUGACGUCGCCGAUCCAGGCCACGGCGUCCAUCGACCGGCAAUGCUCGACUUUGGUGAUGGGGAAACAAAUUAAAUGUGUCAGUGGCACCGUUUAUGUCGGAAGCGUAGGCCGGCUGUACGCUCUCUUUGCUAUCUUUGGCGGCAGUGUAAUUGUCGGAAUGGUGCUCGCGUUUCCCAUGCGGGACCGCCGGCGGCAGUCCGGGGCGAAUCUGGUGCUUGGAGGAAUUGGCGAAACGUUUCUGGACCCUUCCAAGGGAGAUCUGGGGGACGGCAUGAAUGUCACAGAAGGUGUGGCGUUGGACAACGUGUCGUGCGUCAUGUGUGGCCUGCUGGUGUAUCGGGUGGAACGGACGGUGUACGUAUUUGACCUCAAGCUGUGGAUUGUGUUUAAAGUGCAAUCUGGUACGCCCACGUUACCCCCAAUCACGAGCUUUCACAGCUCGGCUAUCAAGCGGAUCCCAUCGAGCCCAGCUGUGGCCGCCACGGACAGCAAGAACCAUCUUCGAUGGAGGGAUCAUGUGCGCGCAGGCGCGGGCUUUGCCUACAUGUUUUGGGCGCUCACGGGCAUGGUUCUGUAUAUUCUCGCCACUCAGGAAAACAUGGCCAACGACUUUUGGUGGAAAGGGUUCAACUCCACUGGCACCCAUGCGUACCUGGGAAACUGGUACAACCUCCAGCUAAUGCUGAACCCGCACGUGUCGGAGCGAGUGUCGCUCACCAACACAAAAUACGCCGACUUGGUGCUGUACAACACGACCAGCACGGUAAUCUCUGGCAGUCAAAUGUACAGUCGGACGGUGCAAUUCGAAGAAGCAAAUGCCCUGUCGACAGCGAUACAAGGCCUGCGAGUGAUGGAUGCGUGCUUGGUGCCGUGGAUUUCGACGCAGUAUUGCUGGCUCGACUUUGAGCGACGGCACCCUAUGGCCAACACGGAAAAGCGGCAGACGCGAUGCCACGGGUACGCCUCGAACGCUGCCGUGUACUUGGAGUCCGCCCUGCGCAACGUGCAAUGGGAUCGGUUUCAAUUGUGUUGGGGCACGUCGUUUGAAGUCGGGUUUGCAGUGGAGCUGCGAUCGAGCCAGGCGGGGACCGAUUGGCUCGCGUCCGUGCGGCAGAGAACUACGACGGUCGCCGACGAAGUCGCAGUGUGGACGCGAGCCCACUUGGGGGAAUACACGACCCAGUACCAAAACUACAAGGCGGUGGGCGUCACGGAAACGUUUUACGUUCAGAAUUCGUUUGGGAUUCCGUACUCGAUGACGCUCAAGGCGUCAAAAGGCACGUUCCAACUGGGAUUGGCCACCACGCUCAAGCUGUAUUGGACAUUUGCCAGUGAUUUGUGGGCCAUUACGUCGCCGACAACAGCGAUUGUUGGAACGAGUUUGCUUCGACAGAGUGCCAACUUUGCGUUUGCAAACACGACGAUCGAAUCGGUCUUGGCCGCGAAUGGAACUUUGAACCAUCCGUAUGGGGUGUCGUUCACGUCCUUUCGACAACUCAUUGGCCCGUUCGGAUCUGUCGACGCCAGGCACGUCACGGUGCCGUCGUCGGUUCGAACUCUGUACAAAGCAACGAUCGAAUACCUCUCUACCCUUCUGUCGACGACCAAUGCCAGCAGCAAUGCCCAAGUCAAUUUUUCGUCUAUCCCCAUGCUCAGCGCAUGGUCCGCGGUCCCCCAAGCGUGGUUGUAUACCCCUCGCAGCAUUGGCGGCAGUCUCCUGUGCCCCGAACAGCCUCCGUACCCCGGGGCACUUCUAAGUUACUGGCAAGAUGGAGGGUGCUCGUCUGCCGUCCGAGAAACGGCAACCCCCACCCGCCAACGGUCGUUUGCAAACAUGUUGGCGCUAGGCCUGGGUGACGCGUCCCCGUCAACGCUGGCUGCCAUUUGUACGCGAGAAACGUUUCUAACCGCGACAUGUGUGACCCACUUGACCAGAUUCCAAGAAUUUAUCAACACCUAUGUGCCGCCUGCGGUGCGUGCCGAGCUCUUUGCGCUGGGCCAGACCACCCAGCUAGAACUAACAACUGUCACUCGCAUUGGUUUGUACCAACUGCUCCCCCAGGCCCCGCCGUCAACGUCAUAUGAAGGCGUCUUCCAUCCCAUUUUCGACGCCGCAGACCCAGAAUUCUACUUUUUUGCGUGGCAGUUUGUGUUUGAGUGGCUGUUGGGCCAGCGCGACGUGGUGUCGUUCGAAGGUGACAUGGGCAGCCUAACCAUCUUCAGCUAUGUUUUGAACACGGUCGACACGCCACCCAACUCCCUCGAAGUCCCGUACAACGUGGCGUUCUACUUUCGCGGCUGCGUCAUUUACGCCACGGCCGUCUUGGUCGUUGUUGCGUCCAUGGUCACGUAUCACGUGAUUGCCAGUCGGGGGCACAUUGAAGGGUGGAACAUCCGCAAGAUCAACCGAGUGGGGGGGGUCAUUUGGAUUGGCCGUCCCUUGCUGUUGCUCCGCAGUCUCUUGGCCGCGUGCUUGAUUAGCACCGACAAUUUGGCGCUGGUGCAGUUUGGACCCAUAGGGGGUACGUCCGCGUUUGCCCCCAACCCCCUUCCGUGGUACAAGGUCAUUCUCGUGUCCCUUGAAGUCAUCUGGUUCUCGGACGUGGUGGGGGACAUUCUCGUUGUUAUCACCAAGGCGUACACGAUGCAGUACUCGGUCAAGUCGAUCGUGUUGAUCUGGCUCACCACGGUGAUUCUGACGUUUGCGUCGCCGGUGGCCCACUCGGCGUCCGUCGACCGGCAUUGCACUGUCGUGCACGUGGACUUUCAGCUGACGUGCACGGCGGGCACGCUGUACGUGGGCAGCUUUGCCCGGUUUUGUACGUUGUUGUGUUUGUCGUUAGGCUCGACAUUGCUCUGUUUUCUGUACGAAAGACUCCGGCACCCGCAACCAGACACGACGUGCGCCAACGACUCGAUCUUGUUGUCGUCCGGGGCGCGGUACCUCUUUCAACUCCGCCAGUGGCAGUACAACGGGUACUGUUUCCUGGACAAAGCGUCGGGCGUGAUCAACGGCGUGUUGUGCGUGGAACUUGGCCACACGUAUUACAUUCUCGACAUCAAAUUGUGGAAAACGUUUGUGAUUGACCUUCCCGAAGAAGCGCGGGUCCCGCCUGGCCACCCCAUGCAUUCAAGGCUACGAUGCGCGUUUCCACUGCUCGACCACGCUUAAGUCUACGGAUUCCUAGAGUCGUCAUGCUAGACCGUAAUUUAGUAUCGUAUUUAUCCCUGAAGUGUACUAUUAAUAGAUAAUAUCCGAGAUAUUAUUGGCCAAC